AUGGUUGGGGCUCAGUGGUCGUUGGAGGAGGAGCGAUGCUUCUGGCAGCGCAUCAUACCCAUAUCUCCAUCCCGAGCCGGCAUCGAUGUCGCCACACGCGACGAGAACAAGUGGAGGGAGCUUGUCCCUCUGAUGGAGAGGUGGAUGGGAGAGGAGGCUCGCAGAAAGUAUACUGCUCAGAUGCUUUAUGAGCACUGGUACCAGAAUUACCAGCGCAGUUACUCUCCGAAUGCCUACCAGUUUGUCCGCACAUACUUGCUCAGUAUUGGCGAGGACCCCGAAGCACCGCGCCCAAGCAGGCCAGGCAGCUCUAGCAGGCGUGGUGGCGUAAGGAAGUCGAUUAGAGGAACCAGCAGCCGCGGCAACAGAAGCAGUAUUCAGUCACUCAGGGAAAGUCGGAGUGGCAGCGGUCGAUCGACCAUAAGCUCUUUAUCACCACACAAUGGAGCUAACGAUACCAGCAUUACACGCUCCGAGACCGAAUCUCUAGGUGCUGCCCCGUCGGCCACUAUCAGCAACCAAACAUAUCACAUAUAUUCCACAGCUGGUCCUUCCCACCAUCAGGUACCGUUUCCAACUAUGAACACAGAGCAAUCCGGCGAUGGCUUCACUGCCAGGCCGGUGCCGGUGUCGGUAUCGGAGCCCUUCUACAACCCUGCCUCGCGCUCCGCAGACAACGACAUCCGAGAGGCGGCGCUCCGUCUCACAGAGCUAGCGACCUCGGGCCAGAUAAUCAGCCCCAGCGCGGACGGUAGCGAGCAUAGCGGCAGCUACUUUAGCAGCGGCGGAAGCGGUAGCGUUUACGGCGAUUACAGGCAUACGGCGAGCGUCCACGGCCACUACCCACAGUUCCGCGAGGCCACAAACGGAUAUGGAGUCGCUCCCGCUGGGUAUUAUCCCCACGGCGAGCACUUUGCGUAUCCCAACUCCAUGCCUGUUGCGGGUGCAUACAAUUCCUCUCAUCAAGGAAUGACACCUGGGAUCAUGGGGCGAGGCCCAGUUCAUGGCGGCCCGUACCAACUCCCUCCGCCUCUGCCGCCGCGGCUACUCGCCCAUUGUGAACAAUACUCUACGAUUCAGGGGGUCUUUUCUCGUGGGGGCUUCAAUCCCAGCCCGACCGAGGUGCCGCCAAACUCUGGACAAAUCCUCCGUAUGCGUCCCGAGGUUCCUCAGACGACGGCAGGAAUGGGAGAGAAUUAUGCUCUGGGGAGAAAAGGUAAUGAGGAUGGACAGUUGGUGCAGAACGAUAAGGAAAAGCCCAAAAAAGACGGUACCAGUGGCGAUGAUUCGGGGCAACUCCCCGUCUUCUCGCCCUCCUCCGCCCGGCAGGUCGCCGCUCUUGGUGCCCACCGGAUCGAGCUCAACGCGGCCGGGUCCUACGAUGAAGGCGGCCUCACGCCGUCGUUGGCCGAGCUCUCCGAGUUGCUAUCAUCGACCACCGCCACAUCCGCCACCAGCCACAGCCCCCGGGUCCCCGUCCGCGUCAUGAUCCGGCCGCGGGGACCCCCACCUCCUCCGUCUGCCGACUUCCUCUACACGGCCCAGGAGAUAGACGCCGGGAUGCGGGAAGCCAUCGUCGCCUUCAAGGAAUCCAAACUGCUGGACGCCGAGCUGGGAGACGGCUUCGUCUUUGGGAUCCUGAAGCAGCAUGCAUCAUCGUCAGCAUCAGCAGCAGACCCAGUCGUCGUCGUCGACGUGGAUCGCAACCGGGAGCUCGUGCGCCUCGCCCAACCCUUCACCUGCGUGUUCCACCGCGCCUUUGACGACGUCGUGGGCUCCACCGACAGGCAAGAGGCGUCGCUGGGCCGGGUGCUCGACGACGUCGUCGCGUGCGGCUUCGGCGGCAUCCUCACCUCUGGCGGGCCGGGCAACGCGCCAGACAACGUCGAGACGCUGCGCCGCAUCGUCGGCCUGGCAAGCGCCAAGGACAUCGAGAUCAUCGCCGGCGGCGGCGUCCGCGCUCGGAAUGCUCAGGAUGUGAUCCGACAGGCGCUCAGGGCGCAUAAAUCGCGUGACUGCGGCGACGGCGUCGUGCGUUGGCUGCAUUCUUCGUGUCUGAACCCGAGCGCAGCGGGAGACGGCGGCGAUCGAGAUAUUGACAAGUCCGAGGUGACCAGCCUGUUGCAAGUGCUGAGACACGGCUGA